CUCUGCUGGAAGAAGACAAACAUUUACUAUCUAGAAGUCGGUCUUCUACAAAUUAUUUCAAUUAGGAUUUUGGUAAACUCAACUAUCCGGUCUCUAUUUAAAUUAUCAAAGCAUUGUUCAUUGAUUUGUUUCUUUUGCCCUUGACUCAAAGACAACAUGGCAAUGAGUGCUCUUGCUACCAAGUUUGGUCCUACUUUUAAUAUCGCUAAAAAUGCAUCAUCUAAAUUAUCGAUUAAGCAGAUGUUGAAACUCAAUGGAGCCACUAGUGUACAGGCUUUCAGAUGCAUCAGCAGUUCUUCACCUAGAAAAGCUGUCUCUUCUGAAGUUUCAGCUAUUUUAGAGGAAAGAAUUCUCGGUAAAACAUCUUCUGUUGAUCUAGAAGAGACCGGUCGAGUUUUAAGCAUCGGAGAUGGUAUCGCUCGUGUAUAUGGUCUUAAGAACAUUCAAGCCGAAGAGAUGGUUGAAUUCUCUAGUGGUCUUAAGGGUAUGGCUCUCAAUUUGGAGCCAGACAACGUAGGUAUUGUCGUUUUCGGUAAUGACAAACUUAUUAAGGAAGGUGACAUCGUCAAAAGAACUGGUGCCAUCGUAGAUGUUCCUGUUGGUGAAGGUCUAUUAGGGCGUGUUGUUGAUGCUUUGGGUAAUCCUAUUGAUGGAAAGGGUCCAGUCAAUUGUAAACAAAGAUCUCGAGUCGGUGUUAAAGCACCAGGUAUCAUUCCUAGGAUCAGUGUAAGGGAGCCUAUGUUGAGUGGAAUCAAAGCCGUAGAUAGUUUAGUACCCGUCGGACGAGGUCAACGAGAAUUGAUCAUUGGUGAUCGUCAAACUGGUAAAACUGCCAUUGCUGUUGAUACUAUCAUCAAUCAAAAACGUUUCAAUGACGCCGAUGACAAGAAGAAGAAGCUUUUCUGUAUCUACGUUGCUAUCGGUCAAAAAAGAUCAACCGUCGCUCAAAUUGUAAAGCGAUUGACUGAUACUGGUGCUAUGAAAUACACCAUCGUUGUAGCCGCUACUGCAUCUGAUGCAGCUCCCCUUCAAUACUUGGCACCCUACUCUGGUUGCGCUAUGGGAGAAUUUUUCCGAGACAAUGGAAUGCACGCUUUAAUUAUUUAUGACGAUCUUUCCAAACAGGCUGUUGCCUACCGUCAAAUGUCUCUUCUUUUGCGAAGACCUCCUGGUCGUGAGGCUUACCCUGGUGACGUUUUCUACCUUCACUCUCGUCUUUUAGAGAGAGCUGCCAAGAUGAACGACAACUUUGGUGGUGGAUCACUCACUGCUUUGCCAGUUAUUGAGACUCAGGCUGGUGAUGUAUCUGCUUAUAUUCCUACCAAUGUCAUCUCUAUUACUGAUGGGCAAAUUUUCUUAGAAACUGAACUUUUCUACAAAGGUAUUCGACCAGCUAUUAACGUCGGUUUGUCUGUAUCUCGUGUCGGAUCUGCUGCUCAAACCAAGGCCAUGAAGCAAGUCGCUGGUUCAAUGAAACUUGAGUUAGCCCAAUACAGAGAAGUUGCUGCUUUCGCCCAAUUCGGUUCUGAUUUGGAUGCUGCUACACAACAAUUGCUUUCCAGAGGAGUCCGAUUAACCGAGCUUCUUAAACAAGGUCAAUAUGUCCCUAUGCCAAUUGAGGAUCAAGUAGCUGUUAUCUACACCGGUGUCCGAGGUUACUUGGAUAAACUUGACCCUGCCAAGAUUGGUGAAUUCGAGCGACAAUUCCUUGCUCACAUCAAAUCUCAGCACUCUGAUAUUCUUAGCGCUAUUGCCACCGAGGGUAAAAUUAGUGAUACCCUUGACGCUAAAAUGAAACAAAUUGUCACAGAUUUUAUGGCAACUUUCAACGCUUAAACUCAAAACACUUUUAUCACUUUAAUCCUGUCCUCUUCAAGUCAAUAGCUUUGAAAACUCAAUCCACACAGAGUUUAGGUUGUUUAGUAAAAGAAACGAAAAAAUCCUCAAUGGUGUAAAUCAGAGAAAUUGAAUAAAACGCUUAUACUAUGGGAUGGGAGAGUCUAUCAAAGAACUAAUCGGUCAAAGACAAUUGUAUUAUUGUAUAAUAAAAUCGUAAUCAUAUGACCAUGUCAAUGUUCUCUUCUAAUAAGUUAAAGUCAUCAGUUGCGUUGAAAUUAAAAAUGUCAUGAAUUUUAA